AUGGAACUUAAGAACACCAAAAAACUCGAAAAAUUAGUUAUGGCUAAAGACUCUCUAUCUCAGGUCGAGUGGACAGCAAGUCGAAAUGAGAGAACAAGAAAGAGAUUUUUGGAAGAUGAAAAGAUUUCCAAAAAAAUCUGUCAAAGCACCAAUGAACUACUACUAACUCCCGCCUUGGACGAUGGCAACAGUGACAAAAAAGAGAUCGUUCCUUCAAUCAAGCAUAAUCUUAGAAAGAUUGAGAGAAAAAAUUAUGCUGAAAACACUUCAUCAGCUGACGAGUUAGAUUUGGAUCAUCUGGAGAAAAAGAUAGUUGGUGAAUUAAAUUCUGAGAUAUCAUCUAUCUAUGAGGAUGAUGAUGAAGAAAAUUCUUUAGAUGGCAGUUCUGAAGAAGAAGAUACAGCCGAACUUGCAAAUGUCGUAAGAGGUUGGCUUAUAAAUAUGACAAAAGAAGCGAUUGAAGAAGCAAAAAAAACUGAAAAAGUAGAUUCGAAACUAAUGAAUCUUUCGUCGGAAUUCAAAGGAGGCAUGCACUCCUGGUUCGGAGACAAUUGGAUACCAUUAAAGAAUGAAGUGUUAUCAAAAAUCAACUUGAAAGUUGAAAGGUUCACAGGAGAAGUAUCAGAAUUAAUCACAAAACUAUGUGAUUCAUAUGACUAUUUGGGAGCACGAAAACUUGUAUUAGAAAAAGUAAUGGAACGACCCAUUGAUAAAAAUCCCUAUAUUUUCAUCAAAAGAGAUGGUCGGUUCCAAAACCAUAUAGAAAUUCAAUAUGUAACAAUUUUAUCAGGCCCUAUUUUAGACAUAAUAUUUUCAGAUCAACGAGAUCAUGUUAGAUUGAUAUGGAAAGAAUCAGUUUCACAAGUCACUAAUGAUUCAAGAAGAAAGAUUGAUUUUUGUAUAAGAACUGAGGAUGGCACCAAAGAGUUGAGCCAUUCUGAAUGUGCUCGGGAAGUUACAUUUAUAAAAAUUUUAAAAGACCGCAAAGAUACAGCAAUUUUCGGGUUACAGUUGGCAGCUUUGGAAGGUCAAUUAAUUGGAAUUGAUUUAUUGGAUGAAGGACUUUAUUUUGGAUUUGAUGGAUCAGCUUUUAGAUUUUCCGCACAGAUUUGUAGUAUUAGUGUCUUAAGACAAAUAUUAGAG